CGGCCCCUCGCGCGGGAGCGUCUGAUGCAACGCGCGCCCCGCGACGCCGGCCCGCGCCCCGCGUGGACCCCGCGCCCACCCCGCGCGUCCCGACCGGGAACGGGAACGGCAGCGAGGCGCCGCCAACUUUCCGGCCGCUCUGCUCGGGCGGCGCGGGUUCGGGAUUGUUUAGAAAGUAGGGGAGCCACAGCUUUGGAGCUGAUGCCAAGAGCAUAGACACAGGCACACGGAGUGACAGCCCAGUGAGCAUCAAGGUGCCCUGCGAAGCCUUGGUGACUGCCUUGGUAGCCAGGCCUCCGAGCCGACGGUGAGGGGGUCUCGCUGAGUCACUGCGUUGCCCAGCCUGAGCUCCAGCUUGCUACCCUCCUGUCUCAGCCUCUCAGAGUGCUGAGAUUACCACCUAUGCUACCGCGUCCACCUAAGAAUUACGCUUUAAUGCCACGAUCACUGGACAAAGUGGAGCCUGCAGCCCAGAGCCCCGGAGACCAGGCUCCGCCUCCGGUGCCAGAGAAGUCCUCGCGCCAUGCCAAACAGCCAGGCGUCCGUCGCGAGUGGACUCGGAGUCUCUGGAGACUGCUGGAGCGUGGCAGGAAGAUGUCACCAGGUCCCUGGCCGUGUGGAGCAGAGGAUGACGACUUCGCGUCGCUGGUGGAUGACAUGAAGGCAUCCCUGGAGGGCCUGUACAUAGGCAACAUGCACUCGGACACGGUGCCUCUCCUGCAGAAUGGCCAGCCUAGCCGCAGCCAGACUGGCCGCAGCCAGCCACCGGCCCCGAGCCAGCCGCCGGCCCCGGCCGAGAGCCAGCCGCCUGCUCCAAGCCAGCCGCCUGCCCUGGCCCCGAGGCCUCUGGAGCCUCCGGCCCCGGCCCCGAGGCCUCUGCAGCCUCCGGCCCCGGCCCCGAGGCCUCUGCAGCCUCCGGCCCCGGCCCCGAGGCCUCUGCAGCCGCCGGUCCCGGCCCCGAGACCUCUGCAGCCGCCGGUCCCGGCCCCGAGACCUCUGCAGCCGCCGGCCCUGGCUCCGAGACCUCUGCAGCCGCCGGUCCCGGCCCCGAGGCCUCUGCAGCCACCUCCCUCGCCCCUGCCAAGGGUGCAGCGCUCCCAGCCAGUGCACAUCCUUCCGGUCAGGCGCCUUCAGGAGGAAGACCAGCAGUUCCGAACCUCGUCUCUGCCGGCCAUCCCCAACCCGUUUCCUGAGCUCAGCAGGACUCGGAGCCCCCCUCUGAGUGCACCUGGCUCUCUACCUCCGACCCAGGUCAUCAUGAAGCAGGAAAUUAAAAUCUUUUCCGAAGAUGGGUCAAGCAAAGUGGUGGAGAUCCUAACCGACAUGACGGCCAGGGACCUGUGCCAGCUGCUGGUUUAUAGAAGUCACUCUGUGGAUGACAACAGCUGGACAAUUGUGGAGUACCACCCACAGCUGGGAUUAGAGCGGUGCUUGGAGGACCACGAGCUCGUGGUCCAGGUGGAGGGAACCAUGCCGAGUGACAGCAAGUUCCUCUUCAGGAAGAAUUAUGGGAAAUAUGAGUUUUUCAGGAAUCCGAUGACCUUCUUCCCAGAACAGAUGGUCACCUGGUGCCAGCAGUCCAAUGGAAAUCAGGCUCAGCUCUUACAGAACUUCCUGAAUUCCAAUAGCUGCCCUGAAAUCCAAGGCUUUAUGCAUGUGAAGGAUCUGGGGAGAAAGUCGUGGAAGAAGCUCUAUGUGUGCCUGCGGAGAUCCGGCCUGUACUUCUCCACCAAAGGAACCUCCAAGGAACCUCGUCACCUGCAGCUGCUGGCUGACCUGGAGGACAGCACUGUCUUCUCGCUCAUCACCGGGAAGAAGCAGUACAACGCGCCCACAGACCACGGGCUCUGCAUCAAGCCAAACAGGGUCAAGAACGAACCCAAGGAGCUGCGGCUGCUGUGUGCCGAGGAUGAGCAGAGCCAUGCAUGCUGGCUGAUGGCCUUCAGGCUCCUCAAGUACGGAGUGCUCCUGUACCAGAACUAUUGUGUCCCUGUGGAGAGAAAAGCGCUGUCUCCCUUCUCUACACCGGUGCGCAGUGUCUCUGAGAACUCCCUGGUGGCAAUGGAUUUUUCUGGGCAGACAGGAAGAGUGAUCGAUAACCCAGCUGAAGCCCAGAGUGCUGCCCUGGAAGAGGGCCAUGCCUGGCGGAAGAGAAGCACUCGGAUGAAUGUUCUGGGAAGCCAAAGUCCUCUUCAUCUUUCCAGCCUGAACACAGUGAUUCACAAGACCCAGCACUGGUUCCAUGGCAAGAUCACCAGAGAGGAAUCACACAGGCUGAUCAAGCAGCAGGGUCUCGUGGACGGGCUCUUUCUCCUCCGUGACAGUCAGAGUAAUCCAAAGGCCUUUGUCCUCACACUGUGUCAUCACCAGAAGAUUAAAAAUUUCCAGAUCUUACCUUUCGAGGAUGACGGGCAGAUCUUCUUCACCCUGGACGACGGGAACACCAGGUUCUCCGACCUGAUCCAGCUGGUCGACUUCUACCAGCUCAACAAGGGUGUGCUGCCUUGCAAACUGAAGCAUCACUGCAUCCGCGUGGCCUUAUGACCUCAGAAGCCUGCCCGGCGACACCGCAGCAAGCCAACACUGGAUGGAGGAGCGGAGGACCCCCCCACCCCACACCCUGGGACUUGCGCGGCGACACAAGUUCAUGCAGUGCCAAGACCAAGAGCGACUAGUUUGAUGGGCUUCACGGCGACUUGCUGGCUGCGGACCCCGACGCCCCGCUGCGUCGGGAAAGGCUCAAGGGGUCCCGCGCAAGCCCGGAAGAAACUGGAAUGAGCAACUUGGCUGGGCCCCUUCGGAAGCCACAGAGCGGAGGAAGCGGAAGCGAACUCUUGCCCUGGGAUAAUCUUGACAAUUCAAUCUGCUAUGUUUACUUUUUUGUAUCAAUCACUUUUGCACUCCUCCUCGUAUUGUCGGUAUUGUACUCAGCCUCUGGUGGAGGGGAUGUGGCUUUUCAACGCGUGUGAGACAGCAGGCAUUUCCAUUUAGCAAGCUUCAGGCUGAACAGGGUCCCCGAGGUCCCGGGGGUGGCCCCCACCCCUGCGGGUUGUAACCGUGUGGAUUCGGCUCCCCCACUGCAGACCAUCCUUGCCCUUCCCAAUAUACUUGAAAAGCUUUUUUUUAAUAAAAGGUGUCAGCCGCGGUCA